AUCUGACUAACUGACUGACUGACUGUCUGUUGCAGGAGACAGUCACAUAACCACAGACAAACCCCACGUUGUGCGAUGGUUGUCACUGACAGGUGCUAGGUAGGCCUAUGUAACAACCGCGUGAUGAGUAACUCUGCCUGAGACCUGAGAGCUUGCAUUAGCUCUAGCUCAGCAGGCUAACACAGUCUUGUGGGCAAGACCCAGGUUCGAACCCCGGUCACUCACAUUGGUGCUGUAGCCCAGGUGGGUUUCUGCGAGUUCUACCAGAAGCAGUGAAAGAUGAUAUAAAGUGAAUCUACAUAACAGUUCUGAGAUAAGAAGGGCGAAAUCAAACAUGACUAAUGCGAUACGAGGUUCCAAGCCCUAACACACAGAGAAGUAUCAAAUUCAAAGGGCAUCAAAGGUCACACACCGUUAGAGGGCGGAUACUCUUGUGAAGUUCAGAGUGCACUGCCACAGAGUGCGGAUGUUUUUUCCUUAAGAGUCUGUGCAGUCAGUCGCCCUGUUAGAUGUGCAGCAGAGAGAGCGUUGCUUACAGUCAACGAGGGCCAGAUUGUUGGUCACAGUGAAGUGACAGGGAAGGAUGUUAUGAGAUGUACGCUGUCAUCGUGUGACGAGCAUGUGUUGAGUGAUGUCUAGGUAGAGCAGAGCAGUCACUGUCUCGGUCUGGUUGGCAUACAGUGUAUCGUCUCAUUUACCCUGAUUGUUGUGCACUGUAAAGGGAUACUAGGGGAGCUUCAAUUUCACCACAAAACUGAGGACUUUCAAGAUGAACGUUUACUGGAUACCCACAAUCCUCCUCUCCCUCUGCCUCUCCAGUGCUGCCAACAUGAUAAGCUCCCACAACUGUAAAGACAAGCUUAGAACGUUCCAUGUGGUCCGUGUGUCUGUCAACGGCACUGCAUCGGUCAGCUGCCCCAACCUGACAGGCAAGGACCAGGAGGAAAUGAGAUUCCACCUUUACUUGGGCUUGGUCGAGGUUGGCAACCACACUCACGACAGUGCUCACAACCACAACUCCACAGAGACCGUGAGUCCUGUUGGGGAGGGUCUGGGGCUGAGGGUGAACGAACAGGACCAUACGGUCAGUUUUGUCCUCUCUGGAAUGACCACGGAGCGCGCUGGGGUCUAUACCUGUGAGGGGCAACCCAUGUACCCACCUCCCAUUGAGAAAGUACAAGACGAGACUCAGACUGUGGUCCUGGUUGAAGCAUACCAGUGCCAGGCAGGAAAGCCUGUGGGAUGUGUAGGCUCUAGAGUGGAUGGUGUCCCUGUUUGGGCAUGGGUGCUGGGGUUCUGGAUCACCAUCAUCUAUGGCCUGGCUGUCACUGUCAUCGCCUUUGUCAUCUGGCUCAGACUGAGGAGAGUGAAGUGUUCCCAGAGCGACUACAUGAACAUCAAACCCAAAGCUCCACUCUGGGGGCCCAGGAAGAAGCAGGGGGUCCGGCAUCCAAUCCGAAUGGGACGAUACUGAUCAGUCAUCCUCAGACAAAAGCAACACGAGAGUCGAGCCUUUAUUGGCCCUUGAGGGCUGACUGGAGAAACAGACAAAGCUCUUUAUGUAAAUACAAAAGCUAGCUCUUCAAAUUAUGUGGUGUACAUCUAAUUGUUCAUCUGAUUGUGUGUAAAUAAAGAGAGUUGUCUUAGAAA